UGCAGACUGCUUCUACAAACAUUUGUGAAAGAAUGGGUCACUCUCUCCCAGGAGCUCAGUGAAUUCAAGCGUGGUACUGUCAUAGGUUGCCACCUGUGCAAUAAGUCCAUCUGUGAAAUUUCCUUGCUACUAAAUAUUCCAUGGUCAGCUGUUAUUGGUAUUAUAACAAAGUGGAAGCAACUGGGAACAACAGCAACUCAUCCACAAAGUGAGCGGGGUCAGCUCAUUUUGAAGCGCAGUGCGCAGAAGUCUCCAACUGUCUGCAGAGGCCAUAUCUAAAGACCUCCAAACCUCAUGUGACCUUCAGAUUAGCACAACAGUGUGUAGAGAGGUUCAUGGAAUGGGUUUCCAUGGC